CCAAGAGCUUAGGACAGGCAGUCAAGAAGAGUGCCAUGGCCACCCGCUGAAAUUACAGGGGGACUUUUAGUUCCCUGACCAUGGCUCAGAAAGACCCCUGCAAGAAAUAUGCUUGUCAAAUCCAGAAAUGCUUGCAAGCAAACAAUUACUUGGAAUCGAAAUGUGAAGCCAUCUUCCAGGAGAUGAGAAGAUGCUGUGCCCGCUAUCCCAAAGGCAGAUCCACCUCUUGUUCAGGGUUCCAGUCAGAGAAGAAAGAAAAGGAGAUGCUGGCCCCGAAUAGAUUUUGCACCCCACAUCUGUGAGGAAGCUCUGAGCUCUGGAGAGCGCAGCCCUUUCCUGCAAAUUGCAUCACUGUGCUUUACAUCACCUGUACUGCUUGCAUUCAAGAGCACUCCAAGAUGCAAGCCAGCUCCUCUUCCAGAACCAGAACCACAUCUAUUAAGGAGUAGUGCUGCCAGCAGUUCUACUAUCAAAUGCUGUAGCCUUACUGUGAUUAGAUUGGAGUAGAGUAACUUGGUGUGUUAACGUGCAGCUCAAGGGUAGCAAUAUUCCAGGGCAAAGUGAAAUCUAAGCAGCCUUUUUUUUCCUGGAAGUUUAAGACAAUCUUGUUUGAUGUGUUAUGUAAAUUAGAUCAUUGUUAAGCAGCAGGAUCCAUACUCCCGUUACUUCAGCACUGCCCACUCUGUUCAGAAGUCAUCCACCUUCCUUUUGCUGUGCAGACAUACAUGUUGGUAACUAACGCCUCGGAGCUCCUCUUUUCAGCUGGGCAAUAGUUAGGUUACCUGUGUGCCUCAGUUUCCUUGUCUGCAAAACAGGACAAAACCGCCUGUUGUUUGGACUGUAGAUUUAGUAGCACUCAAAUUCAAUUGCACAACACUGAUUUAUGUGAAUGCUGUUGUGGAAGCAGCUGAAUUCAGGGAUUGUUAGUAGUGUGUGGUGUGACACCCCACCCCCUUUGUCAAGCAAUAGUCACUUUAUGGGAAGUCGAGUGGUGAAGGGUUUUUAAGAAUUCUACCACUCUGCAAUGUAUGUGAACAAAGCCCCAUUUCAAUUAUUAGAAUUGGAAUGUGGCCUCAGCACUCCCCCACCCUGCCGUUUAAAGCCUGCUAAGCACAUUGCAAGAGUUUGGGUAUCCUUUACAACUGUGGUGUUCAAUCUAGUACCUCGUCAGUGUUAAAGUAAUCUCCAGACCACUGCGAUCUUGUGUGCGCAUCAUAGGCAGGUGUUACCAAAGUCAGUGGAAGAUCUAUGUUAAAUCUUUUUAAAUACCAUGCUGGAAAAAAAUAAAAGACGUGAAUUGA